CUCUCUGAACUGUUUGGCCAUUUUCUUUGCUUCUGUUGGAUCAUGCACUGUGAUAUGCUUUGUAAAAUGAGGAUUUUCUUGACAAACUAGAAGCCGAAGCAUAUAUUCUAAUGGAGGAAAGCUUUUUUCUUUUUAGGUUUCCCUGCCUCACGUAUUACUGUUUGGUUAUCGUGGCUUGUAUGGAUUGGGGAAGCAUUUUUUGGCCUACCCACUGUUACACUCACGACACAUUUUGUGGGACGGAGAGCUGUUCGGGGAUGGGGUAGUGAAAACCUCACAAGUUGCUAUUCCUAAGAUGCAACCUCAGUUUUGAUGCGAUCAUCUUUUGAUUUUGUCAUGGACAUCAUGCUGAAGCAAGGGUAUUUUGAUUUGAGUUCAUUAAAAAUGUAUGCUGAGUCUCUCAAAGAAGCUUUAAAGAAGACUAUGCUUAGCCAGGAGGUUAUAUUUAGGAAGCAGGUUGAGCAACUCCAUCGAUUAUAUUCGAAACAGAAGACACUAAUGGAGAAUCUUGCUUGGAGGGAGUUUGACAGAUACAAUUUGAGGAAAGCAAGUGCCUGUUCAAAGUUGUUCCCUUUUGCAAAUUCAGCAAGAUAUGAUCCACUUGCAAAAGAAACAAUGUUUUCCUCAAUUCAAAUGGCGGGGCCUACUCUAUCUACAGGCCACAUGUUUGAAGGGCGCCAGGGCAUGCCCUAUAAUCUUUGGCAGGGGCCUCGAGAUCUUCAACUUCCUUGUGAUCAUGAUCCAGAGUUUAAGCUCUCCUUGAGCUUUGGUUAUGACAAUUGGAGAGAGGGGAGUGCUAAGAAAACAUGGCUUGAUAAAAAAGUCCAUUCUUGCGCUCGCAUCAUUAUUGACUUAGAAGAGUCAAUUGAGAGGGUAUCAAAUGAAGGAGAAAAAGAUGCACCUUCUUUCAGCUAUGCUCCUCCGACACCUCAUUCUGGUGGCAAGCAUCAGCUGGGAUUUUCUGUACUCUCUGAUCCAGUCAUCUCAAGUGGUGUAAAGAAUGAUUUACAGGAUGGAACUGCAGAUAGUCGUGCUUUUCUAGUUGACCUAAAGUACCAUCAAGAGCAGGUCUAUUUAAAUAAAUAAGUUAAAGACUGCAAUUCUAAUAUCCCUACUGGCAAUCAGUCCACCAAGAUGCAACAGCUCACUUUCUGUAAAGCACAUUUAGACCUUAACAAAGUUCAGCUUGAUGAA